CGUCCCCGACGUGUGGAAGGAAGGCGGUGCGUCUUUUCCCUCCCUCCUAUUCCGAGGAUCACCAGUAUUACAGGCGGGCUUUUGUAGCUGUUUUUGAACUAUUAUACUUGUAAAAAUAACUGUUAGCGCCAUUGCAGUUCACAUAUAUAUAUCCGAAUUCUAAUAACUGACAUCCGUAAACCAAUUUACAGUAGAACGAGGGCCUGCUUCCUCUCAGCAGUAGAGGCCAUCAUGAAGCUGACGGACAAUGUGCUGCGGAGCUUCAGGGUGGCUAAGGUGUUCCGAGAAAACUCAGACAAAAUUAAUUGUUUCGACUUCAGUUCAAACGGAGAAACGAUUAUUUCCAGCAGCGACGACGAUUCCCUAGUCUUGUACGACUGCCAAGAGGGAAAACCCAAGAGGACCCUCUACAGCAAAAAAUAUGGAGUGGAUUUGAUCAGAUACACACAUGCUGCAAACACUGUGGUCUACAGUUCCAACAAAAUCGAUGAUACAAUCCGGUACCUCUCCCUUCAUGACAACAAAUACAUCCGCUACUUUCCUGGGCAUAACAAAAGAGUGACAUCGCUCUCCAUGUCUCCUGUGGACGACACAUUUAUUUCUGGUUCGUUAGAUAAAACAAUCAGACUGUGGGAUUUGCGGUCACCUAACUGCCAGGGCCUGAUGCACCUCCAGGGGAAGCCAGUGUGCUCGUUUGAUCCAGAGGGUCUUAUUUUUGCUGCCGGAAUAAAUUCAGAGAUGGUUAAACUUUAUGAUCUGCGGUCGUUUGACAAGGGUCCUUUUGCAACCUUCAAGCUUCAGUAUGACCGAACGUGCGAGUGGACGGGACUCAAAUUUAGCAAUGACGGGAAACUCAUUCUUCUUUCUACAAAUGGUGGAGCUCUUCGUGUCUUAGAUGCUUUUAAGGGUGCUAUUAUACAUUCCUUUGGGGGCUACAACAACAGUAAAUGUGUAGCGCUGGAGGCAUCGUUCACGCCGGAUUCUCAGUUUGUAAUGAUUGGCUCUGAGGACGGAAAGAUCCACGUGUGGAAUGCAGAGAGCGGCAUGAAGGUGGCUUUAUUAGACGGGAAGCACACGGGACCCAUCACCUGCCUGCAGUUCAACCCAAAGUUCAUGACGUUUGCAAGUGCCUGCUCCAACAUGGCGUUCUGGCUCCCGACCAUCGAUGACUGAUGAAGGCAAAGUGAAGGCUUCUGUUGGAGGCCAGAGACAGAGCGAGCAGCAGGGGUCAGCACAGCCAGCACGGUGUACAUUUCACAGGAAGUGCUGUCUGUUCAAUACAAUUUGUAAAUAAGUUCACAGAAAUAGAUCAAUUGUCUAUUCUUUUUUUAUAUUUUAUAUUUAACAUUAAACUGUUUCUUUGUAAGA